GAAAACGUGUUCUGGUGCUGUGUGUAGGGGGGCGACGGCAGUUGUAGUUCAGCAUCGAUAGAGCGACCUGUAAAGAUAGCUGUCAUUAAAAAAAGAACUUGCCGAGUAGGUGCCAGUGUUAGUCUCCAACAUUCAUCUUUUAAGAAGGUUCUCAUUAAAGCUGCAUUUGGCAUGUUGUGCUAAAUUCUCUGCAGCAAUGAAUCAGCUUCAUUUCGUGACAUGCUGUUGUUACUGGGAAUACUUCUGAUAUCAAUAGUUCCCCUAUGGGAUCUUUUCUCUGGGAUGCUUGGGAUCUAUUUUGUGAAAUGCUUGGGAUCUAUUUUGUGAAAUGCUUGGGAUCUGGGGUUUCCAAUCUUCUGUGAUUUGGAAACCCAUUGCUUAUAAUUAUUGAACACUAAAAAGUAGAAUAUGGGUUUGAGCAAUUUAGUUCCCUUUAACCACAAGGUACUGUCACAUUACUGCAGAGAAAAUUGGUCAAAAAAUAUGAUUGUUUGGGAAAUGACUCCUGGAUUUUUAAAGAGAAAUACUUGACCCUGCAUAUAUAUACAAGUCCUGAAUCAUGGAAGCAUCAUUAAAACGACUCUAUGUUGGAGGAAUUGGGCCCUCUGUUACCGAUUCUGAACUCACAGAUAGAUUUGGAAAAUUUGGGAAAGUGAAUGAUGUGGAAAUCAUUACCAGGAAAGAUGAAAAGGGAAAUCCUGUGAAGGCUUUUGCAUACCUUAACAUCAGCAUUUCAGAGUCAGACCUUAAAAAAUGUAUGUCAGCCUUAAACAAAACUAAAUGGAAAGGAGGUGUGCUGCAGAUAGAACUAGCAAAGGAAAGUUUCUUAAACAGACUUGCACAGGAGAGACAAGAGGCUAAGAAUCAAUCAAUACUAAAAGCAGAGCCGAAAGAAGAGCUGGUACAAUCUCUUCAACAAGCUGGAGUCAAAGACUUUCAGAUGAAAGCUGCUGUACCAGGUACAGAAGUGCCAAAUCAUAAGAAUUGGGUGGUCAGCAAAUACGGCAGAGUUCUUCCUAUACUCCAUCUAAAAGGCAGUAAUAAGAGCAAAAUUAUAAAAUAUGAUCCUUCAAAAUAUUGCCACAAUAUUAAGAAGCUAGAGGACACCACCAUUGAUAUUACACCCAUUUCCCAACUUACAUGGCAACUGGAAGGUGGGAAUGAUGAAAUAAGCAAGAAACGCAGGGGAGAAUUCCCACCUACUAAAAGCCCAUCAAGUAAAAAACCCAAAAUUCAGACAUCAUCAGGCACAAAGGAACUUAAUGAACAAACUAAAGGCAACAUACCCAAGAAGAGCAUACUGUCUAUAAAAGCAGAGCCCCCAGGUGAAAAACACAAUGUUGAGGGUACAGGGAUCAGGAGAGAGAUCAAUGGACGUGUAGUUAACAGGAGUAAAUGGUGGGAUGAGAGUGAUUCUGAAGAAGAGAUGAGAGCAAUAUUAGAGAGAGAAAAGAAUAAACUGAAAACAGGCCCCACUAUUCCUACUGACUCCAAUCUAGAGAUUGUUGAUAACAAUUUUAAAAUGAGCUAUAAUACUCACUGGGGUCGCAGAGAGGAAUCCACUUUCAAAGAGAAUCAGCCCAACUGUAGCAGCAAAGCUGAGGACCAUGAUGAAUAUGAUUCAGCAGAUACUGAUGAGAUCAUUUCAGUUGCUAAAACUGUCAAAAAGGUAAAAGUUGGUUCAGAGGUCAAGGAGAACAGUCUUAGUGAUGAAAAGCAGUUUUCUCUCACACAAAAGCAAAAAAGUAAUCAUGGAUCAGGAAUUAAAAAAUCACAAAAAGAAAAAGAUAGUGAAUCAGAUUCAGAGAGCCAGAAUGAUGAUUUGUGGUUAGAGAACAGCGACUCCUACUCAGAUGAGGAAUAUGAUUCCCUAAUGCAAAACUGCCAGCGGCUGUCUCUCACACUAGAGGAUUUGGCACAGCUAGCAAAUUCAGCUAAAGAGACAUCUGAAGAUGAAACUGUAGAAGAGGAGGCAGGAAGCAGUUCAGCUAGUCAACAAGAAGUAAAGACAAGUACAGCUACACCGAGGAAUAAGAAGAGUGGGACAACUCCAGAUGAUAUUGUGGCCUCCCUAUUGGAAGAUGAUGAUGGCAGCUCUGAUGAGCAACUCAAACGACAGAGAAAGAAGGAACCUCCAGUCAGUCUUCCAUCAUUUAAGGGGGUAGGACUACUGCUAGGUACAGCAUCUGAACAGGAGCUUGAUGCAUUGAAUUCAAAAUCGAACUCUUUAGGUAGCGAGUCAGAUUCAGAGAACCAGGAUUUGGCGCAGCUAGCAAGCACAGCUAAAGAGACUUCUGAAGAUGAAACUGUAGAAAAGGAGGCAGGAAGCAGUACAACUAAUCAACAUGAAUACGUAAAGACACCUACAGCUACACAGAGGAAGAAAAAGACUGGGACAACUCCAGAUGAAAUUGUGGCCUCCCUAUUGGAAGAUGACGAUGACAAAAACUGUGAUGAGCAACGAAAACGAAAGAAAGGAUCUCCAGUCAAACUUCCAGCAUUUAAGGGGUUAGGAUCCCUGCUUGGUACAGCAUGUAAACAGCAACUUGAUGCUUCACUGAAUUCAAAAUCUAACUUUUUACCAUCCACUUCUUCUGCUAUAGAUGUAAAGAGCAGCACUAGCGAUACAGAGCAAAAAAAAGCAGCUGUGGAGGAAUCUGUUCUGGAUCUUAAUUACCCAACCCAGAAAUUGUCAAAAUCUCAAAAGAAUAAUAAAGUUGAAUUGAGGCAGAGUUGCAGCAGCAGUAGUGAUAGUAGCAGCGAUGAAAGUGCCACCUCUAGCCCAUCCCCUGUAAUCCCAGCAAGUGGCCACACUAUGGCACAGAAAAACAAAUCAAGUGAGCAGGUAAACCCCAGUGCCCAAAAUUCUGUGGCUCUCAAACUGCAGGACAAUGAGAAGAGGCUGGCAGCAAUGGAGGAGAGGAGGAAAGAGAGGGAGCAACAGAAGCAAGCGAUUAAGGGAGCCCUAUUGAAACUGGAUUCCCAACCCUCAUUGAAGGGCAAACAUAUUGUGUUUGAUUCAGAGGCUGAAAGUGAAGAGGAUGAUAGUGUGGCCCUGUCCACUGACGCUAUGAGUAAACCCACUGAAAAAGAACAAAGUAAAACGGCAAAGCUGUUUGAAAGCAGCGACGAUGAGUCUGAUGAAGGUGAUGAUAAAGGAAGUGACGAUGCAGCUCGAUUUCAGAUCAAAUCUCAGUAUGAAGGACGAUCGGGAGAAAAGCUGAUGCAGCUACAGUCACGCUUUGGAACAGACGACCGAUUUAAAAUGGAUUCUCGCUUCUUGGAUAGCAACAGUGAGGAUGAGGAGGAAGAAGAAAAUUCACAGAAGGCUCAAGCAGACAAGGGAGGCGAUGAACUCUCAGCAGAGAAGAAGAAAAACCUGGCUAUUCUGCAAAGUCUGUUAAACAUCAAUGUAGAGAAUCCCCCAGUGAGCAAACAGGCAUCAAAGGCCAAGAAGUUCAAAGAUCUGAAUGCUUUGCAGUAUGACCCCACAAAGGAAGACCAUGUAGCAUUUGAAGCAAAAUCUGAAGAGGAAGAAAAAAAAGAAAGCAAAUCUCAAAGAAAGAAAAAGCGUCUGGAAGCAGAGAAACUUCCUGAGGUCUCGGCAGAAACCUACCAUGAGGUGGCGAUUGAUUUUAAAGAAGUAUUUGGAGCAUCCAAGCCUGACCCAGCUUCUGGAACCACGUGGGAUCAAGAGGAGGAGAUGGAAGGACCAGAAAAGGAAAGCUCUGCCAAACCACAACAUUUCAGUUUCCUGUCUGAGGACAAAGAGGAGCCUAGUGGAUUCACAUUCUCCUUUUUUGAUGCUGCAAAUGAGAGUGCCAUAAAAGAGGAAACCUAUAAGAUUGAAACCAUCAAACCAGCCAAAGUAGCUUGGCAGGAGGAUCCCAGAUUCCAGGAUAGUAGUUCUGAGGGGGAGGAUGAUGAUGAACCAACCACUGAGAAGGAAUCCAAAAUAAGCUCGGAGACAAAGACACUGAAAAGCACCGUACGUUUCUUCUUUUUUGUGAAAGAUGAUAAGAGAUUAAAGGAGGGUCCAAAGAUGUUCUUUCAAUCUUCAAAUCUAGCAGAGAUGGAAGAAGCCUGGGAACAGCGAAGAGACUUUCUAUUGGAGGAAUGCAAGAAAAGACACAAAGAUGCUAAGCGGAAAGUUAAAGCCAAGCAUUAACAUAGGGCGCUGGAUCCAAAAGGGCACAUACUCCAUGCCACUGUGGGCU